AGAUACCAAACAAACAAUAAAUACAAGUUGGUGAAAAUAUUUCAGCAGGAAAGGGCUCAGCAAAUUACCUGUUUCUCUGCCAUCAACGGAUUUCACUCCUACAUAGUGUUAUGCUGUGGUUCCAAUAAGUCAAUCCAGGUCUUUGAUAUGAACGCGGCUCGUACAGUCCGAGUGAUCCUGGAUUCCCACACUCGCCCCGCACACACCAUAUGUCAAAAUGAGGGUUCAAUGUUUGUUUCACACCCUCCAAACGCGUACGACCUCUUCUUAACAGCUGCGGUUACUGAUGGAAUAAAAUUAUGGGACUUACGCACCAACAGGUGCAUUCGCCGGUAUGAUGGUCACGUGAACAGAUCGCAGCCAAUCGGGGUGGCUAUCAGUCCGUGCGCAAGAUUCAUUGCAACUGGUUCUGAGGACAGAUCGGCCUACCUUUACGACAUUCGAGGAAAUACAUUUUGUCAUCGGCUCACUGGUCACACAGACGUGGUAUCUGAAGUAGCCUUUCAUCCUGCACAACCUCAGCUUGUAACGGCUUCUCAGGACGGACGAUUACGGUUUUUCUCCGAUCACGUAUCUGCAAGAAUACGGACUAAAAUCUGCGAAAUCCCCGUUGACAGUCGGAUGAUAACAGAACGUGCACACGGAGUUAAACGCAAGCUUACUGAAAUUGAUGGCGAUCAUGAGGUGCAUGGCCGCUGUCUUCAACGACAAACAGUGUUCAAUAUUUCGAUCUGCAAACUGCAGAAAAGCUUUACACGGCCAGAGCCCGUCCUCUUUAAAACCGUGCUCAUCUCCAAUACGCUUCGUCUCAUCGAAGAAGACAUUAGAGAAGAACGGAGGAGUUUAGAAAAAAAUGAUUUGAACGGACCUAGCGACGAGGAAACAUUCGCCAGAGUAGUCAACAUGCACGAACCAACGAAUCGCUCCGGUCUUAACAUCGGCACGCGAUCACGCGACGCUUGUGAAACUUCAAAAAGUUCUCUAACUUUUGAACAAGAACUGAAUAUUCUGGGCGACAAAAUGGUGAAAGAACUUGAGCUUGACAUGGAAAAGUCUAAGCUACUCGAAGUGUCCGCCAAAGAAAAAUCAGAACUACUCACUCAAAGCCCUUUAACGCGCUCUGCUGCCGAUUCGAACAACAAUAACCCGGAGUUCGAAGAACGUGAAAGAGCGGUCUCCAACUCGGAUGAAAUCAUUCGAGAAUUCACUUGCGGCAGUCUAUUGGGAUUGGAAUUAACCGAAGAACUGGAGUUUAAAGACGUAGAUGUUUCGCUCUACGACUUCGACGUUCCAAACGGAUCGUUUCCGAUAGAUUUUGACGAGUUUUGCAGCGUGUGGAAUCUUGGAUCAACCAGUGUAGCAGCGCGGAGUUUGCCCAGCAGAUGUAGUGACAGCGUAAAGCUUGAGCGAGCAAACGAACAUAAUUUUGACGAUCUCGACCAAGUUAUGCAAAUUUUAGUGGGAUCUUAGGUAGCUGUAAUUUUUACAGGACCCUAAAUGCGAAUGUCGUUUAUUUGAAUUCGUUGCAAAUUUAAGUCAAAUGAGUAGAAUCUAUUCAGAGAAAAAGAGAGUUAAGAAAUUUUAACAUAGUUGUAUCAGUUUUAGCAUGUGGGUAUAAGGCUAUUUAUAGUCGGCGCUGCCGAUAGAAUCCACAACUUUUUAUAUGCGAUGCAAAUAAAUAUUUUAUGUGAAUUUGGAGAUGUAUUUGAAGUGGUAAGAAGAGAGUAUUUUUUCAGCAUAUUUGUAGGUAAUUUAUACUGUAUUAUAUGACAUGAAAUAUGAACUUUUUAACUCGCCAAGCUUUGUAAGUUUUGCAAGCAUGCAGCUAAUUAAUUACUUGUUGUCCAUACGGAUCAAGCUAUCCAGCUAGUUAGAGAAUAUUUUAUGAACUGGAUAGUAUGGAAGUAGCAUGCCAGACCUCUCAAUGAAUGUAGUAAAUUAUGAGACCUUUUCAUCUUCUUGAUGUUCUGUUAAUUUAUGAUUCUUGCAUAAGACAAUUGCUAGGAAAAUGGCUGAAAUGACUUUGAACUAGACUAGUUUGUUAUAAUAAUUUUAUUCAACGCAUUGGUUUAAUUCAUUUUAAUGAAUAGGAAAUUGCUCAAUAAAUUAUCACUUGUUGAACAGCUGUGGCUUUGAUGGCUACUGGUUGCAUAUGUCAAAAAAAUCAUUCUUGUGUAAUAUAAACUCCAUGAAUGAAGAGGGUAAAC